ACAAAACAACAUACGAACUUAGUCUCCAUGACAAGAGAAAGGUUGAGACCAGUGCGAGGCGUAGAUUUGGUCUGCGGGGACAGGGAGGCCAGGUUCGUAUGCAGCAGGAACGAACAGAGACAGACUCGGCUAGCGAUGCUCCAUCCUGCUCCUAUAGUUGUGAUUCAGAGAGACUGAUGGCGCCUCAGGUUAACCCCCUAACAGGUGCUGCCUUCAGCCUGCCUUCUAUAGGAUCUAUCAACUGGAACAUGGACCCUGCCACAACACAGACACUCCCUGGCCUUCAUCCUCCUCACAGUCUCCUGUUAAACCAGACCUCAGACAAUGCCAGUGCCUUAACAGUAAAUGUCUACACCAGCCCAUUGACAAAUGACAGUAGUAGUAACGCUAUCAGUAGAUCUGGUGGCAAAGAGAAGCGCUUCCCGUGUUCAUUCUGUGGGAAAGCCUUCAGUUUCCCCAAACAGGUGGAAAUCCACCAGAGGAUGCACAUGGAGGAGAAACCGUUCGGCUGCCACCUGUGCCGGGCCAGUUUCUCACACUCAUCCAAGCUGAAGAGGCACCAGAGGGUCCACACAGGGGAGAAACCCUACAGCUGCCCCCAGUGUGAGAAGAGGUUCUCCCACAAGCACCAGCUGAAGAUGCACCUGAAGAUGCACACGGGAGAGAGGCCAUUCGCCUGUACACAAUGUGGGAAAAGGUUCUCAGAAAGGAGCUAUCUCAGGAUACACCAGCAGAAAAUGCACAUGGCCCAUGUAUAG